AUUAAGCCUAUACACGUGUGUGUGUGUCUGUGUGUGUGCGUGUGUGUGUGUGUCUGUGUGUUUGCACCCAUGUGUGUCCUUAUGCACUUUGAUUUCCCCGAAGGUGUUGUUCUCAUUAAUCGGACCCUAUAAAGUGUCGGUGCCGCUCGCUGCGGGUCACCCCGCUGAAGAUGCGUGCUGCACUGGCACUCUGGCUGUUCGUCCUCGGCCCCGGCACCGCACAGGACGCCUGUCAUCGCUGGGAGGACCUGGACACCUCGGUGGUUCACAAGAGUGGCGAUGUCAUCCUGGGAGGCAUGUUCCCCAUCCACUCCAAAGGCGUGGAGGAAGAGCGCAACUUUAGGACGCCUCCAGACCAGAGCCGGUGCAGAGGGUUUAACCUGAGGGUGUUCCGCUGGUCCCAGGCGAUGGUGUUCUUCAUUGAAAAGAUCAACCAAGACCCAUCUCUCCUCCCCAACAUCACCCUGGGCUACCGACUGUAUGACACAUGCGGUAUUGUGGGGCUUUCAGUGAAGACCGCCAUGUCUGUCAUCUCUCAGCCCCUGAAGAGGAUAGGGGGGCAGUGUGGACCCCCCAGCAUCUCCCUCAUCAUUGGUGACUCCGGCUCCACCCUCUCCAUGGCCAUCUCUAGGGUGCUCAACCUUUUCCGCGUCCCCCUGGUCAGCUAUUUCGCCUCCUGUGCCUGCCUGAGCAACAAGCGUAAAUUUCCAUACUUUUUCCGGACCAUUCCGAGCGAUGUGAACCAGGCGGAUGCCCUGGCACGUCUGGUCAAGCACUUUGGCUGGACGUGGGUGGGCACCGUAGGGGCGGACGACGACUACGGCCGCACGGGCAUCGACAUGUUCACGGCGGCCGUGACCCGGCUGGGCGUGUGCGUGGCCUAUAGGGUGGUCAUCCCCAAGAUCCCCACGAGAGACAGACUGCAGGAAAUGGUUAAGACCAUCCGCAGGUCUACUGCUCGGGUGAUUGUGGCCUUUGCCAUCGAGGAGGACAUCCAGCCUCUCAUUCAGGAAAUCAUCCAUCAGAACGUUACAGGUAAACAGUGGGUGGCCAGUGAGGCCUGGGUCACAUCCACCCUCAUCUCCACCCAGGAAAACUUCGCCUCCCUGAGUGGGACCAUCGGCUUCGGCAUUCGCCGAGCAGACAUUCCCGGCUUCAAGCACUUCCUGGAGAGCUUAGAGCCGCUGGCCACACCCUACAACCCCUUUGCCAGGGAAUUCUGGGAAACGCAGUUUCAGUGCUCUCUGAACGCGACGGCACCAUACGCCUCUACGGCUGAGCUGCCACAGUACGAGAGCAUCUGCACUGGCUCCGAAAGCAUCAGGGAGACAAACAGCAUCUACAAUGACGUGUCCCAGCUCCGGGUCACCUACAAUGUGCACAAAGCCGUGUAUUCUGUGGCCCAGGCACUGCAUGCCCUCCUGGGAUGCGGGAGGCGCAAGGGCUGCGCAGACCCCCAAGAGCUGCAGCCCUGGCAGGUGGUGCAGUUCCUGAAGGAGGUGAACUACUCCAACUCCUUCGGCGACGUCGUCUACUUCGACGAGAGCGGCGACCCCGUGGGCUCCUAUGACAUCAUCAACUGGCAGAGGGAGGGGACGAGGCCCGUGACCUACGUGAUGGUGGGACGCUUCGAUGCCACCCUGCCGUUCGGCGAGCAGCUGGUCGUGCGGCAGGCAGACAUCGUGUGGCACGGCGGCCGCCGGGAGGUGCCGCUGUCCGUGUGCUCUGACACCUGCCAUCAGGGCUUCCGAAAGGCCACACGCACAGGGCAGCCGGUGUGCUGCUACGACUGCGUCGCCUGCGCAGACGGCACCUACAGCAACCUCACAGACCAGGAUGACUGCACACCCUGCCCAGAGGACUUCUGGUCCAACGUGAAGCGUGACGGGUGCAUCGUCAAGGAGACCGAGUUCCUGUCCUACACGGAGGUCUUUGGCCUGACACUGGCUGCAGUAGCCAUCCUGGGCGCGGUCUGCACAGCAGCUGUGGCAGCCAUCUUCUCGUGGCACAGGGACACGCCGCUGGUGCGCGCCAACAACUCAGAGCUGAGCUUCCUGCUGCUGUUAGCGCUGGCGUUCUGCUUCUUGUGCGCCCUGGCCUUCCUGGGCCGGCCCUCGGCCUGGUCCUGCCGGCUGCGUCGCACAGCGUUUGGGCUCAGCUUCGCGCUCUGCCUGUCCUGCUUGCUCAGCAAGACUCUGGUGGUGCUGAUGGCCUUCCGGGCCACGCUGCCGGACAGCAACGCGGCCCGCUGGUUCGGGCCCACACAGCAGCGGCUGGGUGUAUUUGCCUGCACUGCGCUGCAGGGGCUGCUGUGUGGGGUGUGGCUGGCUGAGGCCCCGCCCUACCCAGUGAAGAACACGUGGCUCUACCGUGACAGGAUCAUUCUGGAGUGCCACCUGGGCUCGCUGGCUUUCUUCUGCUGUGUGCUGGGAUACAUUGGCUGCCUGGCUGGCUUCUGCUUCAUCCUGGCUUUUCUGGCCAGGAAGCUGCCUGACAACUUCAAUGAAGCCAAAUUCAUCACCUUCAGCAUGCUCAUAUUCACUGCUGUCUGGAUCACCUUUAUCCCAGCUUAUGUCAGCUCACCUGGGAAGUUCACUGUGGCUGUCGAGAUAUUUGCCAUUUUAGCUUCCAGUUUUGGUCUGCUUUUCUGUAUAUUUGCUCCCAAAUGUUACAUUAUCAUCUUUAUGCCUGAAAAGAAUACUAAAAAACAUCUCUUAUCUCAGCGAAUGGCAAAAUAAUUUGCCUGUCUGGCAUCCAGACUUUUAAAGGAGAUUUGAUUUUGUGUGACUUAUGAUAAAACAAUGGUUUUGUUUGCUAGUAUGUGCUGGUAAUAGAUUUUGUGUAUUUCCAUUGCGGUUUCCUGUGGCGUUUGCGGGAUGCCAAAUCACCACCAGGGGGUGCUAAAGCCCUAGAAUGCAAUUUUGUGUGCAACCAUUGCCUGUAGAAUCUCUGUCUGAAGUACUCUUCCCCUGUAGAUUGAAUGCAAAUGAGCAAAUAACUGAAUCAAAAUAUUUGUGAUUCCUGUAGGAGCCGGUUAUUAAAUAAUGCCUUAGAGUUUGUCUUUGUGUGGAAUGGAGGUGACAGCUAUCAGCUUACUAUUGCUAAAUUACUCAGAAUGGGACAGAUUCACAAUAAAUUUUAAACUGG